UUUUGGGGGCAGUGUGGGAGGGAGAGGAAAGAGUUCAAAUUGGUUUCCCAGCAUGUCAGGAUCAGUGAUGGAGCCAGAGAACCCAGUCCUUGCAAGUUGAGGCACAGCCUACUAGGGUUUCAUCCAACAUUACCACAUGUCAUGACAUUAGUGAGCAUGUGAUGCACAGCCCUACAGUACACUCUCCACCAUGGAAGCUGACACUAGUACAGAGGAUGAAGGAAUCAAUGCUUCCUCUGGUCUCCUUCAACAUGAGGAAGUCUCCUUGGUGGAGCCCAAAGGCUUUUUUUCCGGAAGGCUCUUCAGAGUUGUUGUAGCAGUCGGGAUUCUGGCUUUACUGACUGUCUUGGUGGCUGUGGUCGUUGUUAGCCUUGUUCACAGUUCUGCUGCCAACACUACAGCUCCGGCCACGUUCAACUGGGCCUCCUACUAUGGGAACCACAUGGUUCUACAGCAGGGCCCACACAGGGCUGUACUCUGGGGGUACGGAGAGGUGGGAGCCACUGUCAACGUCAGUUUUACAUCAGGUUACUACUCAACCACAGUUUAUAAAGGAAAAGAUGGGCAGGGUGUUUGGAAAGUCUCGCUAGACCCCAUACCACCAGGAGGGCCGCACCAAAUUCAUGGCGUCCAUGAUGUAAACGGGACACUGCAGCGGAUUUCUCUUGAAAACGUGAUGUUUGGAGACGUGUGGGUGUGCAGUGGACAGAGUAACAUGGAGUUUACUGUGGGACAGGCAUUCCAUGCCCCCCAGACCAUAGCAGAAGCAGAUAACUUCACCGACAUUAGACUGUUCACUGUUGAAAGAAUGCAGUCAGACAAACCUCUGUAUGACUUGGACAAGAUCUUGCAGCCCUGGGCUGUGGCUAGCUCUGAAAGUGUUGGAGGUGCAGACUGGAAGUACUUCUCUGCUGUUUGCUGGUUCUUUGGGAGAGAUCUGUACAAACACCUGGGCUACCCCAUCGGACUGGUGGCCACUACCUGGAGCGGCACAGCUAUAGAGACAUGGUCACCACCUCAGGUGUUGGACACCUGCAAUAUAACACACAGUGAAGAGACGGAAGAUUUUGAGCUGGUAGGAUGGCCCAGGGAACAUUCAGUGCUGUGGAAUGCCAUGAUUCAUCCUCUGCUGAAUAUGACAAUCAUGGGGGCAAUCUGGUAUCAAGGAGAGUCCAACACCCCUGAACCUGACUCCUACUCCUGUUCCUUCCCUGGGAUGAUUGACAGCUGGAGGAAGGAGUGGUACAUGGGGACUGGGGGACAGACAGACAGACACUUCCCCUUUGGAUUUGUGCAGAUAUCAACAGAGACACAGCCAGGUGAAAUGAACAUGGGCUAUCCAGCCAUCAGGUGGCACCAGACAGCUGACUACGGCUAUGUCCCUAACCCAGUCAUGCCCAAUGUCUUCAUGGCAGUGGCUGUGGACCUGGUGGAUCCAAUCUCACCAUUUGGGAGCAUCCAUCCUCGUGAUAAACAAGACGUCGGAAGCCGAUUGGUCCUCAGUGCGCGUGCUGUAGCGUACAACGAGGCCAACGUCCUGUUCCAGGGCCCGCGUCCUGUCAGUGUGGACGUGGAUACUGAGCAGAAGACUGUACGCAGGACUUACCCCACGUCUGUGAACAUCAAGGCCAACGAGGGUUUUGAGGUGUGCUGCUCCCCAGACUUGGACCAGUGCUCCAUGACUUCGCAGGAGUGGGUUCCAGUCCCCAUCGUGUCCAGCACCUCCUAUUCCAUCACCCUGCAGCUCACGCAGGACUGCUGGGAGAACGUCACGUACAUCCGCUACCUGUGGAAGGAGUGGCCCUGCGACUUUAAGGAAUGUGCCGUGUACUCUGGGGAAAACGACUUACCCGAGGCGCCGUUCUUUGGAUGCAUGAUGGAGCCGGACAAGAAACCUCCCUGCUAGAAUAGCAGUGAAUGUGCAGUGUUAUCUACUAAAACUAGUGAAUGCUGAAAUACUUAUUGUUGUUUAAUGGUGGCUUACAUUUAGUUUAACUAUGCAAACUGUGAGCAUCAAGCAGAGGAGUCCUGAAGUACUAUCUGUAGCAAGAUGUGUAAUUUAACUGCUACUAUGGUCUGGCACUAUGUGUCUCAACAGCAAAUUAUGUUAAACAUGUCAUUGAAACAUGUAUGAGGUUCUUUUUAUACCAUUCGUUUAAUAUUCAGGAAAAGGAUUUGCUUAAAGGAUGUAUAAAUGCUACUAUUAUUUUAUAUUUAUUUUGUAUAUAUCAAAGCCUUUAUAUUUCUCUUUACCUUUCUAUACGGAUGUGUACACAUGUACACAAAAAUGUUCAAAAUAGAUUGAAUGUAAGAUAUGUGCCAUUUGUUCAAUUUCUUCUGUUUAUUGUAACAUUGCCCUGGUAUUACAAUGUAUAUCUGUGGGCUGUGAUAGAAAAAUCUGCAAAUAUUGUCGUGGCGUGUAUUUGAAAAUUGUAUUUGAAAAAAAUGGAAAGAUUGUCACUUGUUUUUACACUAGAUGUUUUACUUUACAGUCCAUGGACCACCCAGAGUCACUCAUGUGCUGAGAAGUACAUGUACAUUGUAUUAUUCGUACAUACCUAAAGGACUACUUACGAAGCUGCUAGGUCAGAACAAAUUUACCGAGCACUAUCAGAUUACAAACAAUGUCAGCCAAUACACUUUACAAUUAUUAUGACUCCCCACAUAUGAUUCAUGACCAUCACAACAAA